AUGUCGACUCAACCACUGCUUCAACGUACCGCUGGCAAGCGUAUUGCCCUUCCAGUACGAGUGGAGCCCAAGGUGUUCUUCGCCAACGAGCGAACUUUCCUGUCAUGGCUCAACUUUACCGUCACGCUCUCGGCGCUCGCCGCGGGUCUGCUCAACUUUGGCGACAAGAUCGGACGCAUCUCGGCCGCCAUGUUUUCCUUUGUUGCUAUGGCGAUUAUGGUGUACGCACUGCUCACGUACCACUGGCGUGCAAGUGCGAUUCGCAACCGCGGCUCAGGCCCGUACGACGACAGGUUGGGCCCCACGGUGCUCUCGGUCAUGCUGCUCAUCGCCGUGCUCGUCAACUUUAUCCUCCGCUUCAACGCCUGA